AGUUUAAUCGCCACGGCGUCUAAGUCCGUCGGCUUACACACGAGCCUUUACGAGCAUCACAUUUUCAGAGUUUGAAUUCAACCACCGCCAUGGAAUAUCUCUUGUGAGAACACAAAAGACUCAAUCUCCUCUCAAUUUCUAAAUCUUCACCAAAUCUCAGAAUAACUUAGGUUUCACACUGAGGACGAGGCCGAGAAAGGAAGAAGAAAAAUGGGGAAGAACGAGAAGACUUCUCUAGGUCGAGCCCUUGUGAAGCACCAUAACCAUGUGAUCCAAGAAACCAAGGAGAAAGGCAAAUACUACAAGACCCAAAACAAGAAGGUCUUGGAAUCCGUGACGGAGGUUACCGACAUCGAUGCCAUUAUCGAGCAAGCGGAGGAAGCCGAGCGGCUUUUCGCGAUUCACCACGAUUCGGCGACGCCUGUGCCCAUCAAUCUGGAAACAGCUUCGAGCUCAAGUGGUGUAACAGCUAAAGAAUGGAAAGAACAACGGAAGAGAGAGGAGGCUUUACAUGCUAGUAGCCUUCAAGUGCCUCGAAGACCUCCUUGGACACCUAAAAUGAAUGUGGACCAACUUGAUAUCAAUGAAAAACAAGCUUUUCUCACUUGGCGCCGGAAACUUGCGAGCCUAGAGGAAAAUGAAAAGCUUGUAUUAACUCCAUUCGAGAAAAAUCUGGACAUCUGGAGACAGCUUUGGCGAGUGCUUGAACGAAGUGAUUUGAUUGUCAUGGUAGUUGAUGCUAGAGAUCCUCUGUUCUACCGUUGCCCUGAUCUCGAGGCAUAUGCACGAGAAAUUGAUGAGCAUAAAAAAACAAUGCUUCUGGUGAACAAGGCUGAUCUUUUACCUUCUCAUGUCAGGGAGAAAUGGGCGGAAUACUUCUCCCGCAACAAUAUUUUGUUUGUCUUCUGGUCAGCCAAAGCUGCUACAGCUACCUUAGAAGGUAAACCCUUGAAAGAACAGUGGAGAGCACCUGAUACCUCUCAGAGAACAGAUGACCCAGCUGUUAAAGUAUAUGGAAGAGACGAGCUUUUGGAUCGAUUAAAAUUUGAGGCUCAAGAGAUAGUAAAACAGAGGAAAUCUAGAGGAGUUUCCAUGGAAACACCUGCUGAAUCUCACCAAGAACGUGUUGUGGUGGGCUUUGUUGGGUACCCGAAUGUUGGAAAGAGUUCGACAAUCAACGCAUUGGUAGGUCAGAAGCGAACAGGUGUCACAUCUACCCCAGGGAAAACGAAGCAUUUCCAGACAUUGAUAAUCUCUGAGGAGCUAAUGCUCUGUGACUGCCCUGGUUUAGUCUUCCCUUCAUUUUCAAGCUCAAGAUAUGAAAUGAUUGCUUGUGGAGUACUCCCAAUAGACCGUAUGACUGAGCACCUUGAGGCUGUUAAAGUUGUGGCCGAACGGGUUCCUCGGGAAGCCAUUGAGGAAGUGUACAACAUCUCUCUACCUAAACCGAAAACCUAUGAGCCUCAGUUCCGACCACCACUUGCCUCAGAGCUUCUAAGAACUUACUGCCUGUCUCGUGGCUACGUUGCCUCUAGUGGACUACCUGAUGAGACAAGAGCAGCUAGGCAGAUUCUGAAAGAUUACAUUGAGGGUAAGCUUCCACAUUUUGCACUGCCUCCUCCAGAUGGUGAAAACGCAGUAGAAGAAGGUUCACAGUCUGAGGACGAAGGUGAAGAAGCUCCUGGUCGUGGUCUUGACCAAGUUCUAGAUGAUCUGAGCUCGUUUGAUCUUGCUAAUGGGCUUGGGUCUUCAAAGAAGAAACAAGUGGAGUCGCAUAAACAGCACAAGAAGCCACAUAGGAAAAACUGAUCGGUUUUAAUGAUAACAAAUGCUAGAAAAAAUACGAAACAGUGGUGGAUAUUUCUUUUGUAAACUUGUUAGAAGUUAUAAACAGCUGUUUGUUAGAUGUUGUGUGUUUCUGCAAAUAUGAAAUGUCGAUAUUUUAUUAAGCUCGAUGCUAGUCUGUAUACUGACCAAAAGUCAUGCAAUUGGC